CCCACACUCCCGUGCACACCCAUCCAUCCACUAGCAGCCUGCCCAAGCGGCCAAGCCCUUCCCUGCUUCACGCUCCAGCCGCAUCAUCCACUCCGUCCCCAGUCCACUACACCACAAGAACGCGUGCGUGCGCCGGCUGUUGCCGUUGCUGUGAGCUGCACAAGCUAGGAGAAGCACCGGAUCUUUUGCUUCUUUUGGCGCCAUGAUGUCGUCGGUGCCGGAGACGUUCAACCUGGACCAGCAGCACCUCGUCGUGCAGCAGCAGCAGCCUCCGCCGGCGGAGCAGGAGCAGAUCUGCUACGUGCACUGCAGCUACUGCGACACCAUCCUCGCGGUGGGCGUGCCGUGCAGCAGCUUGUUCCAGACGGUCACCGUGCGGUGCGGCCACUGCUCCAACCUGCUCUACGUCAACCUCCGCGCCCUCCUGCUGCCGGCGGCCGCCAACCAGCUACCACCCUUCGGCGGCCAGGCUCUCCUCUCCCCAACCUCCCCGCACGGUCUACUUGAUGCUGAGACCAUGUCGUCGUUCCAAGCGCCGAGGAGCCUGCAGCCGAGUACUGAUCCGCCGAGCGCUUGCGUGAGCACCAUCACAAGCAUCAACAACACCUGCGGUGGUGGCAACAGCGCGUCGGCCAUGUCGUCGAUGGCGCCGCCGCCACCAGCCAAACCUGCACUGCUGGAGCCGCAGCUUCCCAAGAGCGCAGCGUCAGGCAACAAAACUUCAGAGAAGCGGCAGAGAGUUCCUUCCGCGUACAACCGUUUCAUCAAAGAUGAGAUCCAGCGCAUCAAGGCCAGCAAUCCGGACAUCACUCACAGGGAAGCUUUCAGCGCGGCUGCCAAGAAUUGGGCCCAUUUCCCGCACAUCCAUUUCGGUCUCAUGCCCGACCAGGGCCUGAAGAAGAACCCUAUGCAAAAUCAGGAGGGAGCUGAAUGCAUGCUUUUCAAGGACGGUCUCUACGCAGCAGCAGCUGCCGCUGCAGCAGCAGCCGCCGCCGCCACAGCUGCGUCCGGCAUGGGCAUUUCACCAUUCUGACUUCACCGUACCCCACACCGCGGAAUGAUCUAUAGUGUUCUACCUUUGUGCUUAACCGCUUAGGGUUCUGUUUCGAUCGGUCCCUCGAUCAGUAUCCCGGUUGCUUGAGAGAUAGCUUAAUAAUAAUGUCUAUCUAAUCCGGAUAAUCUCAAGAUGUCUCUCUCAGUAACCGUA